AUUCUUAUUUCAGAAAUUGCUAAAUUAAUUGUUAAGAAUCUUAACGAUUAUAUUUCAGAAAUUGAACAAAUUUUUCCACAAGAAAUAACUCCAAUUUAUGCAGAUAACCAAGUAUUUGCAUUAACUGAUAGCCCUGAAGAAUUUUGGUUUCCAAGUUGUCAACACAAACUUGUUAAUAUUUCAGGAAAAGAUCAGCCAUUAACUAAUUUGAGCAAUUUUUAUACUUCAAAUAUAAAUAGAACAAAAUUUGCAAGACUAAGAACUUCUGGUGGAUAUAUGAUUGGCUCUGUUUUAACUAAAACUAAUGAGACUCAUCGUGAUAAUUUAUGUAUUAGAUAUGAGAUUUUAGUUAAACAAUCUGGUAAACAAGCUGCUUUAGAGAUUCAUUAUGGCAGAGUUUUGUUUUAUUUUGUUCAUGAAUAUUCUGGACAAAAAUAUAUGCUUGCUUAUGUAGAACAUGCACAUGAUGUUAAGCAUGGUUUAUAUGAUUUAAAAACAUUUUCGAAAUUUGGAGUGCAUGAAUGGAUUUCAGCAUCUGUAUAA